UAUUACAGAGAGAAGCGAUUCCAAAGGAAUAUAUUUCGUUCUGUCUAAUCUUAUUCUUUGUUUAAAACCCCUCUCCAUGCAUUUCUCUUGUUUAUAUAUUUAUUGCUUCCUCUCUCUAAGAUUUGUGAGUCCUGACCAUCAAUCUUUCUAGCUAAGUGAGUAGGUUCAGUACGUAUAAAUAUAUAUAGAGCAGAGAGCGUUAGAGCAGAGAAAUGGGUUUGAGGUCCAUCAUAUCGACCAUCACCUACGGUUUGUUUCUUGGCUAUCCACACAAGAAGCCAAAGGUCAAAAGUGUGAGCCACCUCAACUAUUACCACACCAUGCCAAAGGCUCGUCCACUUUCUUUACAGGGAAUCGGACAAAACGGAAGCGAAAUGUCAUUAGUUUGUCUCACUAGUGGAUGUUGCUAAUAUACCUUUGGCCGAUUAAGCAUAUACAUAUAAAAAUGUUCUAAUUAUUAAUCUUUUUCUUUUGAUAUUAUCAAAUAUUGAUACUAAUUAAUUAGUCUGCAACAUAUGAAUGUUUUGCAACAAAGUAGACGAUAGACCUAAAAGUACGGAUGUGCUGCAGUGGAUGCGAGAGGGUAGUCAAGCAUGCCAUUUACAAGUUGAGAGGAGUGGACUCGGUGGAGGUGAACCUGGAGUUGGAGAGAGUGACGGUGGUUGGGUACGUGGAGAGGAAGAAGGUGCUGAAGGCGGUGAGAAGAGCCGGGAAGCGAGCGGAGUUCUGGCCUUACCCGGACAUGCCUCGCUACUUCACUUCCUCGGACCACUACUUCAAAGACACAACCCGCGAAUUCAGGGAAAGCUACAACUACUACCGCCACGGCUACAACCUCAGCGACCGUCAUGGUCAUAUCCACGUCACUAACCGUGGCGACGACAAAGUCAGCAACUUCUUUAACGACGACAACGUCCACGCUUGUCGCCUUAUGUAAUCAAAUGUUUAAUCUUUUUUAUUUCUCAAAACUAAUCAUCCUAUAUAUGUAAUAUGUACAUAUAUCUGUAUGUAUUUCUAUGGUCUCUAGGGUUGAUACAUGUUGUAUUGUAUUGUCUAGCAUGUAAUCCCUCUUAAGUCUUAAGGUUGUCAAUUGGGGGUGUCAAUUGGGAUUGCCCUGCCCGGACCAAAA